AUGGUCAACCAAACACUCCUCCCCUCCUGGGUCCGAAUCCUCCUCCUGGGUCUGAGCAUCAUUUCAUUCCUACCGCAGCUGCAACUCCUCUGGACAACCAAGAAUAGCUCAGGUCUUUCACUGCGCUAUCUACUUUUCAACCUCAUCUGUGCGACAGAACAGUUCCUCCUUGCAUUCUUAUACAACAACACCCCAGAUGCAGAACCGAAUAUGUUUGUGGAGAGUCCCGGAUCCUUAGGAGACUGGUUGAACUUGAUUCAAAUCACGGUUAUUUGGAUACUUUCCAGUCUUACAUUUACGCUAAGCUUGCGAUAUCCCUCCGACUCAUCCUUCCGAAACAAGCUCUCCGCGGCCUUGUCAUAUAUCGUCUACCUUCUCAUAGCCGUCAUUCCGUCAGUAUGCGUGGUCCUCACAACCGAUAGAGGCGAGGAUCCCCCGACCAGCGAGAAUGAGUGGGUGUUCGCUCUCUGGAGUGGUGUCCAUCUCAUAUUUGUCAACCCGGCCAUGACACUUCUCGCAUUCAGUGCUGUGUUCUGUCAGGCGCCGAAAAUACGAAAAGGGGUGCCGCCGCCACCGGCUUUCAGUCUUCGAGGACUUGCGAUCCAGGCAGGCGUGUUCUCGGUUCUUGCUUUGACUUGGCCGUUCCGGUUUGUCAAUAUCGAUCCCGAUUGGGAUAUUUUGCGUCGUGCUGAGGAGGGCGAGACAGAGCCGUUACUGGCGAAUAGGGGAGUGAUUGAGUCGUUGCCAAUAUAA